CAGGUUAAGAACUUUCUCAACCGUUGACGCAAGAUUCCCACUUCCCAAACAGAUAGAUAUAUAUCACAACUUUGAUACCUUGAGGUCCCAAUUUCUCUCUCUCAUCAAACAUGGAGUACAGGACUCUAGAGAUCAAGGUGUUAUCAGCAAAAGAUCUAAAGCAAGUUAACCUAAUCGACAAGAUGAGCGUGUACGUCGUCGUUUCGAUCUCCGGCGACAAGAGGACGAAGCAGAGGACCUCCGUCGACAGAGACGGCCACACCCACCCCACCUGGAACGACCACCCCAUGAAGUUCACCGUCGUUGACUCCGCCGCCGAGCGCCACCGCAUCGCCGUCGUGUUCAAGCUCCGCUGCGAGCGCAACCUCGGCGACAAAGACAUCGGAGAAGUCCACGUGCCGCUCAAGGACUUCAUCGCCGACGCUGAUGAAGGUAAGUUGCAGUUUUUGACGUAUCAGGUUCGGACCCCGUCGGGGAAGCCGAAAGGCGAGCUCAAUUUCUCGUAUAAGUGGGGUGAGAAAUUGGCUGCGCCUGCCCCUCCACCUUCAUAUGCUUCAUAUGAGGUGAAGGGUGGGGAACCGGUUACUGCGUAUCCGGCUCCCAUGGUGGGACCCAGUUCUGCUUACCCGCCACCGCCGUAUGCGGGUGCAACUGGGUCUUAUCCACCACCAGGAGGAUAUCCUCCUCCACCUGCAUAUGGUGGUGGAGCAUAUCCUCCUCCUCCUGUGGCGGGAUAUGGAUAUCCGCCGCCUCAAUAUGGUGGGUAUCCCCCUCCCCCACAGGGUUAUGGGUAUCCACCGCCUCAGCAGCAAGGGUACGGGUACCCACCUCAACAGCAGCAGCAGCAGCGGCAGAAUAAGAAUGGGUUAGGGUUAGGAUUGGGGGCCGGGUUGUUAGGUGGGGCCCUUGGUGGGCUUUUGAUAGGCGAUAUGAUUUCGGAUGGUGGGUUCGACGGCGGGUUUGAUGGUGGGUUUUGAUUUUAAGAUUAGGAAUUUUAGUUUUUGGGUGAUUUUGAACAAUAUAUGACUGUGUUUUUAAUGUUUUGAUCGUUUUGUUAAUGUAUUUCACUUAUGCUUUUGUUUAAUUAUUUGAUGAAGUUAAAUUCAUUUCAAAAUCAAAAUGAAAA